AUUCAACGACCAUAUUAAGACCAAAAAUCCUCGAUAGUGUGUGUGUGAGUGCCUUAGAUUGAGAUUCUAAGUCAACAUAUAAACAAUGACCACCGGUUGAGGUUUAGUAUAAACUUCAAAAAUUAACAAUGGAUACAUAUUGUAUAAUAUACUAAAUUUAAGUGUCUGGAUAAAAAAAAACAUCCAAAAUGGAAAUGAGUCGAGAUUAGAGAAUUUAGUCAUCAUGAGGGCUACAGUGUGUGUCAAGUUUCAAUAUGGAUGAAUAAAUCCAAUAAUGAAGUAUAUUUACUAAGAAUUUCUCACUAAAAAGUGGUAAUUUUUACAACAUUGGUCGAGAGUUUGUCCAAACUCGAGGAUCCUGAAUGUGUAUUGGAUUUCCAAAGGACCUAAAAUCCCAAUCCCUUUCGAGGGCUAAAUACCUCUGAUCACAACCAUAGGUGCUAAAGUAGAAUGAAAAAGAAGCAAAAAAAAAAAAGAACAUAACCUCUGAUAAGAUGAACAUAAUAAAACCAUAUCGAGCUAUGAUCCCGUCAUCCCACACACACAUAAUAAAACCAUAUCGAGCUAUGAUCCCUAAAUACCUCUGAUCACAACCAUAGGUGCUAAAGUAGAAUGAAAAAGAAGCAAAAAAAAAAAAAAAAGAACAUAACCUCUGAUAAGAUGAACAUAAUAAAACCAUAUCGAGCUAUGAUCCCGUCAUCCCUACCUUUUAUAUAUUAUAUAUCGAACAAUAGACAACCCCAAUGGUUCUCUGGCGUUAUGGGGGUAAAAGCGAGAUCUCUAGAUAAUUUUGAGUGUAAUAUACACACACACAUGUAUAUAUACAUGUAUAUGUAAUAUCAAGAUAUACUAUACUUUUUAUUUAACUCAAGAUACGAUAGGAGAUAGGUAUUACGAAGUAUGUGCAUAAAUUAGAGGUUACAGAAUUAGGGACUAGAGUUCACCUAUUAGAUAGUAUAAUGCCCCAAAAAAAUCCGGUUAAUUCGGGUCUAAAUAGUAAAACUCAAUGGUCGUAUGGUAGUAUGAACGCAAGAGUAUAACGUACUCCUGGCGCACGGUAGCUUGAACUAUAUAUAUGUGUGUGUGGUUUAGGUUGGCGUACACUAAAUAUUAGUGCUUUAGUUGACAAAUUUUGACAUAAGUUCUAAAUGGGACGUGACAGCGACAUAAUUUAUGAUUCGAAAACCGACGCAUCACAAGUGAGUGUGCUAAAUAUUGGAAAUUUCAAUAUAAACAUACUACAAACUCGGUUACAAAAUAUUUAGAAGAUCCAAAAUGAUUUAAACAUAUAAAUUAUAAAAUAAAUCUCUCCGGCCAACAGGCCGGGUAAAAGGCUAGUUACUAUAAGGCGAUGUCAAAAAAAGCAAUUUGCCACGCCAGCCGUUGCCCAAUAAACCGCAUAGUGCGGAAGGACUUUCCGGUAACUUCACAAAUUGCUUUCUUCUUCAGGGGUUGUCUUCCAUCUCCUCCCGGAAAUCUCAGCGUUGCUAUCUCCCAAACGAACCCUUGCCAAUUCCUCAAUCCUCAGUUCUUUUACUCCACCCUCAAAUUUCACCCUGUCCCCUGCCCAUUACAGCUCCAACCAUCCGUGGGUUGACAUGAUUCAGAUUCUGGAAUCUCCGUUUGCUCUCUCUACUUCAUCGAUGUUUCUCGCCGAGCGCUCUAGGAGAACUCACCCUCCUCUCACUCUGUCUCGCCGUCUGUUUGUGUCUCCCAAAACCUCUGGGAAUCAAUUGUUGUCGCUCUCCCUCUCUCUCUCUCUGAAGAAUUCCCACCGCCUCUUUCUCGCUCUUGCCCGUCUAUCUCGCAUGGCAGGGUCGACAAGUUACGAGUGCGACUGCCCACCGAACCUCAUUGCCGCAUUAUCGAAGCAAUCUUACAUGCCUCUACAACUAUCCAACGACCGUCGACUAACUCAGACGAUCCCUUUGUUUCGUCUCCAAAGACGUUUCUAGGUGAAAAAGUUCUUCGACUCCCCCUCACUCUUUCCACCUUCAAUCUAUUCCUAUUCAAUCCCAAUCCCAUCUUUACCCCUUCACGGCGCCCUCUGCAGCGUCUCACCACAGCCGUGAAAUCGGACCAAUCUGCCUGUCUUUGUAAGUUCCCCUUGAUAUGUUGCUAUGGUCUUUUGCGGAGCCUGGACAUGGGAUUUCUCCUCCCGUUUUUUAUUUCGUCUAUGUUUUCUUUCCCAGUGGACAUGCAAUCCAGUUCAUGUCUGUUCAAUUCGUUUCAUGUGGGAUUUGGUCCAAUAAUGAUUUCAUAAUGCAGCAGUUAGCCUUGGCGUAAAUCAUUAGUUAGCCUCAGCGAGUUAGCUGAUUCAUUCCGUUAUUGUCCUAUCGUUGUUUCCCUUAUAUCUAUCUUCCUCUUGCUAUUAGUCAUUUAUUUGUUUGCCAGAAAUCGGCAGCAGUAAUAUUGUUUUUCAAUGGAAGUGAAGCAAUAUAAGAGACAAAAUCUGCAGUCAAGAAGCAAGAGGCCAACAUGCAAUUCAUAGGCUGUGUAGGGCACAAAGGGAAGAAGUACACAGAGGGGGAUACACAUAAAACUAUGAGAUGGAACAAGUACGAGCGAGACCAAAAAAGAUUACAAAGGGAAGCGGGGUGAGUGACCUUCACCAAGAUGGGAACGAAAAACGAAGAACAGUAGCAGGAGGAGGAGGAAGAUUACAUGAAGUAGGAUAGCGGCAGCAGCAGGCUGAUUUUCAAUUCGCAAUGAAUCCAUACUCAAAAUGUUGUGUUGCAGCCUUGCAGGUUAAUGAGCCAAAGCCAAAGCCAAGUCCUGACGUCCACUUUUUAGUUGGGGUAAGAUCCAAUCAAUCACAGUUUGUCCAAUCCUCCAAGCAGUGAGAAAUUGGGUUUGCAAAUAUUCUAAAAUGCUCUGUUAUUUCUUUCCAGCACAUACUCCAGUAGAAAGUAUGAAGAAAGAACUUAGAAAUCCAAGUAUGAUUGUGCUUUAACUGACCAACUUUCGAUGAUGGCUUCCAUAUUGUCAGGUUGUGUCCCGGAAUGAAGAUCACACGCUUGAGCACUCUCCAAAUACCUCAAGAUGUGGGGGGGGGGGGCAAAUACAAUCAAAAUUAACUCAAGAUUAUAUGGGAUGAAGCCAAAUAUGAAGCUAGAUUUAAAAGAUUUUGAUAGCAUAUGUGAGUUGUGACAGUCUGUUUUUUCUUCCUAGAUCAAUGGGCUUCAUGACCAUAUUUUCUUUGGGUCUUAGUUAAAUGGUUUGCUCUCAUUCGGUUACAAGUCAUGUGAGUUUGAAUUUCAGUUUUGGUACUAAUCAUCUUUGAUUGGAUUUAGUUCAAUGAUUUCAGAGAAUCGGGUAUGAGAAUUAGGAGUGUUUAGUCUUUCAUUUUUCCACAGUGGAUGACAAUGCUUUCAAGGUUUUUAGGUCUUGAUUUGGUUGCAUAGGCAAUCGAAGAAUAUUGGCUUUAUUUUGUCAACUAGCUCGGCAGGUAAUCUAUUUUUUUUUUGGUAAUGCUCGGUAGGUAUCUUUAACAUAAUGACUUUGUAUUUCCUGUAUUUUCUAGGAUUCAAUUAACUAUAAUGAGUUAGUAAGAUAAAUAGAUCAUGAUUUGUUUUAAAUACAACAAUUGGAUGCAGGAUUGUUACUUGUUAAUAAAAGAUAAUUUCAUUA